AUGGAUGCCCCGAACACUUUAGUUGUAGACAACGGGACGGGAUUUGUAAAAGUUGGCUAUGCUGGUUCCAAUUUUCCCCAACAUGUGUUUCCCUCUGUUGUUGGAAGACCAAUUCUUCGGGCCGAAGAGAAAGUCGGCGACGUAGAGGUCAAGGAUAUUAUGGUUGGUGAUGAAGCAGCCGAACUUCGUUCAAUCUUGCAAAUGUCAUACCCAAUGGAAAAUGGCAUAAUAAAGAUAUGGGAGGACAUGAAACAUUUGUGGGAUUAUACCUUCUACGAGAAAUUGAAGGUUGAUCCUAAGGAUUGUAAAGUUCUGUUGACCGAACCUCCAAUGAAUCCGCUUUCCAACAGAAGGGAAAUGGUACGGUUAAUGUUCGAAGAGUAUGGAUUUCAAGGAGUAUAUGUAUCGAUUCAGGCUGUAUUAACCUUGUAUGCUCAAGGUCUGCUUACUGGUGUAGUAGUCGAUUCUGGUGAUGGCGUAACUCACAUAGUUCCUAUAUUUGAUGGUUUUGCCCUCCAACAUCAAACACGUCGACUUGAUGUUGCUGGCAGGGAUGUAACAAGAUAUCUUAUAAAGUUGCUUUUGUUAAGAGGCUAUGCUUUUAAUAGAACUGCCGAUUUUGAGACCGUGAGACAAAUUAAGGAAAAGUUUUGUUAUGUAAGCUAUGAUAUUCCGUUGGAUCAGAAAUUGGCAAAUGAAACUACCGUACUCGUGGAAAAUUAUACGCUACCUGAUGGGCGAGUCAUCAAAGUUGGGUCUGAACGAUUCGAGGCACCCGAAUGUAUGUUCCAACCCCAUUUGAUAGACGUAGAAAAACCCGGCGUUGCAGAAAUGCUUUUCGAAGCUAUUCAGGACGCGGCGGUUGAUAUCCGUUCAGAAUUAUAUAGGCAUAUUGUCUUGUCUGGUGGUUCAUCUAUGUAUCCUGGUCUACCAAGUCGCCUUGAAAAAGAGCUUAAACAACUUUAUUUGGAGAGAGUGGCUCAAGGCGAUACUUCGAGGUUGAAAAUUCGGAUUGAGGAUCCCCCGGGUCGAAAACAUAUGGUGUUCCUUGGUGGUGCAGUUUUAGCUAAUAUAAUGAAAGAUAAACAGUCUUGGUGGAUUACCAAAAAAGAAUGGGAGGAAGAGGGUGCUCGUUGCUUGGAUAAGUUAGAAAAUCGUGGGAUGUAG